AAUAAAUAAAUAAAUAAAUAAAUAAAUAACUGCAGGCUAAUUGAAGGACCUAAAUUCAAGACCUGCAGAAGCAUUAGUGCUCGGAGUACAUAUUAUAUGUUGCCAGACAAAGUCCAGUGUCCUUACCUUGGAGCGAGGAGCCCUUCCAGAUCACUGGCCUCCCCUGUUCUUAACCCGUUUCCGGGCCACUGAUGCUUUCCCUCCCCCUAUUUGUAAUGUUACUGAUGAACAGAGCGGACCUUCUCUAUUCUGUACUUCAGAGGCUGUCGCCAUGCACUGAAGAUGUUCGUAGUGACACUCCAUUCAGAAGAGGCAGCACGCAUGUACUGUCAAGUAAAGCAGAUUACAACAGAACUCCCGUUGAGUUUGUGUUCACUGGUACAACCGGACGGUGCCCCGAAACAGAUAAAAGUACCAGAGAACACGAGCCACAAGUUCGUUUAAUGGUGUACCAGGGAAGAGGGUGGUGGGCUGAUUCCCAGAAGGUCUCUCAAAUGUAUGUAAGAAUUACUGCUAAGGAGUUCUAAGCCAUUUUUGGUAGCUACAGGCCCAGGCCCGGGGGAUGAGGGCCAGAAUGGGAGAAACGGUAGGACCAGUUGAGAUCAGGUAAAGAGGAGUUCAGAUAAACAAGCAAACUAUGCUAUUGGCACGCUAUGGCUGGUGAUAUUGACAAGAUAAGCUGUAGGAAGGAUAAUUUCUCAUCAGAUUGGAGAAAUCUAUUUAUAGCCUGUUUCUCAUAUAAUGAAAAGCUACUAAUGGAGUAGCAGACAACGAUAUGGGUAAUAUCUUACUGUCACUUAAGUGAGUUCAGGGAUGACGGGUUUCUUUCAUGCAUGAAGUACUGAAUACUUUUCUUAAAAUUCAGAUAUGGCAUCAGUUUGUAGUCCUAUCCUAAAGAAAAAUCACAGUGCAGUAUUUUAUUUAUAGUACUAUAUUCUUUGUGUGUGUGUGUGUGUGUGUGUGCACGCGCACAUGUGGUACAGGUUGGGGAUGAGUUAUUUGAAAUAUACCUUAAAGAAAUCUUCCCUUCAAAUACAAAAUCAAUUUACCUCAACCUUUUACCAGUUCCCUUCCACUAGUCUUUUUUUUUUUUUUCAAGAAAAGUAAGUGAUAAAAGAUCUACAAGUCAUUAAAGUGGAUUUUGUUGUUUUUAACCUGUCCCUUGUUUUAUUUCCAACUCCUGCCUAAUAAGACAGCUCUCCUACCUGUCUUCAUCUGGAUAAGCUCAUCUUAUUUUUGCCUGAAAUUGUUGUAAAUGCCUAUGUCUAGUAGAUUUGGGGAAAUUUGGAUCUCAAUGAGUAAUAGCAUCUCAGUUGUUUAUGAGUGCCAUGGAUUUCUUUUGGCUUGUUUAAAGUUCAAAAGUGUCAGCAAGGUUAACAACCCAUCUGGGAAUAUAAACGGCAUUUUCACAGGCUGGUGUGGCUGUCUGCACAAAGAUAAACUGAAUUCCUAAUUACCACUAAAGUAGAUGCUAAUGGAUUUUCCUGUUUUACAGCUUUCAUCUCUAACUUUACCUGUAAGUUUAAGACCCCGACAACUUAGAUUCGGCUUUGCUGUUGGGUCCUCGUGUUUCUUUCUUAUGUCUCAGUGACAGCUACAGAAUCUCACAAAGGUAAAACGUAUUUCUGGAAAAACAUCCAAAAGCAGACACCAGAUUUAUUUCCGUGAAGAUCAGAAUCCUGUCAAAGAAUGGAGGUAGUAAGUACAAGCGCUGUUUGGUAAUUCUUUGCUCCGCCUGAACAGGUUCUUCAUCUGGACGGUGUCCCGGGGAGGGCCCCUGAGGAGCCCAGAACUGUAACCCCGGGAGGACCUCACUGCUGGAACUCCCAGGAAUGCCUGGGUUGAUCCUUAAAUAAAAUAAAAAUCUAUCCCGUAAAGGGCUUUCAUGAAGAAAUUAAAGAGAGGAAAUUACAAGUAAUAGAGAAACUAGGAGUUGUACACUGGAGAAGCCACCUAAAAUAACUGGAGUAAGACAAAACGAGUGAAUACAUCUGGAAGAAAUUUUAUUUAGUAUGGUAUUUUUGCCCACUUUUUGGUCAUAAAGGCCGCUAAGGAAGAAAGAAUAUAGUUUUCUAGAGAAAGAACGAGUGUAAUGUAAAAAUGGAAGCCACAGUUUCUGAAAUUCAAGUCGAAAGCAAGGAUGAGAAGAGACCAACAGAAGUCAGUCCUCAAGACGAGCGGCAGGAGGAAAAAGCAUCAGUGCUUUGCUUCAAGAGAAGAAAGAAAGCAGCCAAAGAGAUGAAGCCCAAAGCUAGCUCUAAAGCUGCUGGUGCAGCAAGAACGGGUCCCCCAGAGGCGGGAGCUUCUGAUCAGCCCCAGGCCCCAGUGGGGGCCUGGGCGUCAAUCAAACGUCUUGUAACACACAGGAAAAGGUCAGAAGCUUCAAAGCAGCAAAAGCCCUUUGAGGCUAAAGUGCAACCUGAAAUCAGUGCCGAGGAUGCUGAUCUUUCUAGGAAAAAGGCAAAAUCCAGACUCAAGAUUCCCUGCAUAAAAUUCUCAAAAGGAGAGAAAAGAAGUAAUCAUUCCAAAAUUAUAGAAGACUCCGACUGCAGCCUCAGAGUCCAGGGAGAGGCUGAACGUUUGGAUACGGAAGCUCCGACCCAAUCCGACGAGCAGGCAACCACGCCCAAGUUGCCCCAGGAUGUGAGUAAAGCUGUCUCACAGAAAGGGGGCGAUGAGGUCUGUGAGCCAAACGGGAGCCACAGCACAAUGGCACCUGGGGAAAAAGUGAUUGCAGUAGAACUUGGGUUAGACACGGGGCAUUCUGCCAUUCACACAGGAACUCUAGUCAUUGAACGAGAUACUGAAACAACUGAGGAAAAACAAAGCGUUCAACCCCAGGAAGCAAGCCCACUUGAAACUUCAGAAACACAACAGCAACCCCCUUUGGUUUCUGAUGUUCCUCCCUCACCUGCAGUCCCAGAUCAGCAAAUUGUGGAAGAAGCCAAAAGCAAUAUCCUAGAAAGUGGACCAAAUUGGAAACAGCACGAAAGUGGAGAGAUUGUUGCUGAAGAGAGUGAGCCAAAAGAUACUGAACUGAGCCAGGAAUCAGAGCUUAGAGGAAAUGAGGUCACUGCAGAGAAACCAAAACCAGAAGAAAGCAAAAGAAUGGAGCCAAUUGCUAUUAUUAUUACAGACACUGAAAUCAGUGAAUUUGAUGUUAAGAAAUCUAAAAAUGUCCCUAAGCAAUUCUUAAUUUCAAUUGAAAACGAGCAAAUAGGGGUUUUUGCUAAUGAUAGUGGUUUUGAGGGUAGAACUUCAGAACAAUACGAAACACUCUUAAAAGAAACGGCUUCUUCUCUUGUCAAGAAUGCUAUUCAGUUGUCUAUAGAACAGCUGAUUAAUGAAAUGGCCUCUGAUGAUAAUAAAAUAAACAAUCUUCUGCAGUGACUUAAUUUCCAAAUCAUGGGAGGAAAAGAAAAAAAAAGCUUAAUGCUGAAUUAUUUUACAUACUUGCGGCAUUUCUUUUUCAGUAACAAAUGAGGGAUUUAUCAUCUGUGGAAUUUAAAGGUACAGUUCCAAUCCAGAAGUGCUAAAGAAUUACGUUUAUAAAACCCUUUCUCCCCCUGAGAUGUAGUCACUUCUGGAUCAGAGGAAGCCCAUACAGAUUGCAAUGCACAGUGACAUACAGGGAGGUGUGAAAAUGACAUGUGGAGAUUGGGGUACUUGGGGGAAGGAAGCUGUAUUAAUUGAGCACUUAUGGGAUGACAUAAACUCUUUACUGUUCUCUGAUGUCACAAAGCCUGGUUUCCUUUUGAUAGUUCGAUCCUGUGUAUAGGUUAACAUCACAUUCGAUUUUCAAAGCUUCCCCCCCCCCCACAGUGCACUUUUAUGUUUAAAAUGGUGAAGAAGGUGAGCUAUUUUUGUCAAUGUGUGAUUUAUAGUUGUUACACUCAUAGGCAGUAGUCUUACCUCAAAAAAAUAUUGCCUUUUCUUAGUUUCAGCAGAAUGUGCAUAUUUGAAUUAAACAUGAGUGUUUUUCUAGUCCUGCUUAAAUACUGUACACAAGCCAUUCACAAUUUACUUCAGACAGACAAAUAAUUACCAAGUGCAAAGGUGUAGAAACAGGCAGGGCAUCUUCGCUCUCCAUCUUCUGCCUCCAGCAGACCUGUAUAAAUCCAUUUCUGCAUGGGGUCGUCUACUGAAAAGCUUAAAAACAAAACCUGAAAAGCUAAGCAACAGCAACAGUAGCAACAAAAAGUGAGAUCAUUGUUUUCCAUCCAGGGGAAGGCAAACUGCCCGAGUAACCAAUUAUCACAGAUAACAUAGGAUUCAUCUUGCAGGAUUGCUUCUCUAGAGCCCGUAUUCAUCAACCUCUCCUCAAAGAGGGAACGUGAAUUCAAAGCCUGCCUGGCAGUGAAAGUACUAGGAAAUCAUAAUAACCUGGUGAAAAUAUUGUCCAUUCUUGACCAAGAAGGAGCCAAGUACAUAGUUGAAUAGAAAAAGUAAAAAGUUACUGCUAAAGCACAUUGUAUUUUAAAUGUCAGUAUUCUCUCAUUGUGCCUCUGUGUCGAGAUACCAGUAACAAACAUUUUACAUGGAUUUUGAAAAAUAACUUUUUCAUCAGUAUUUCCAGUCCAGCUAAUCCCUUACAGAAAAAAAUGAACUUAAUGUAACCAUAAGGGCUUAUUUGCAUUUUAUUCGGUUAUUUAAAUCAUCAAUCUCAUUAAUAAUUACCAUAUUUUUUGAAAAAGUAAUUACAUUUCAAUCUUUCCUUGUGUGAAAUGGCCAUAAUACUACAAUACACUUCCCUACCUCACAGGUAAAGGUUCAAACUGUAGAGUCCCCCAAUGUCUAAGUGGCGGCAUUACUCUGAAAGUGGAUGAAGUAUGAAGAGCUCUCCAUUUGAGUUGUAAGGUAUUUGUUAAAGAAUAUUUGUACGUUCUUGGGGAAAAGAGUGUACAUUGGAUGAUUGUAAAUGAUCUAGGUGACUUCCAGCAUUAUUACGUAUAGAAAGUAUGUGCUAA